GGAGUGACCUGACCGGGGUGCGCGGAAGCCGCUCUUUUCUUUUAGUCUUCGGAGGCUCAUAGGGGGAGCAAUUCCGCAGCGAAGUCAAAUUGCAAGAGGAAAAGGCUGUCAGAGGGAUCCCGGGGGGGUCUCGGGAGCUCGGGAGACGCAGGGAGGGACUCGGACGAGCCCGACUGCGCCUUUCCCCGGCGCGCAGGGGACUCCGCGGACCCGGGCGCGUCUCUUCCCGCCCAGCCUGUUGAGUGGGUCGGAGGGAGCCCCAGCACAGGUGCCUCGCGGGGUCCCCCCCCUCCCGCCCCGACGCCCCUUUCUGCGUUGGCGGUGCGGCUCCCAGAUGCAAGCCCCCAGCUGCGGUGGGAGACUCGGACACAGGAAGCCUCCGAAGCACCACAGUGCUUGACAAAAUAAGUGACCUGUACUUGCAGAAGAAGCAGAGCUAAUCAGAAUAUAUCUACUUUGGGGGAGAAACCAACAACACCAUGUUUUGCACCAAGUUGAAGGAUCUCAAGAUUACUGGGGAGUGUCCUUUCUCCUUGCUGGCACCUGGACAGGGUCCCAAAGAGUCAUCCCAGGAGGUAGCAGGAAGCUCCGAGAGCUGCAAAUUAACUCCUACUGGCUCUGGGGAAGUUCCAGAGAAGAAUGCAGGAGGAAGCAUUCCUCAAAGGAAGACCAGUCGAAGUCGAGUUUAUCUUCACACCUUGGCUGAGAGUAUUUGCAAAUUGAUAUUCCCAGAGUUCGAGAGGCUGAACCUUGCUCUUCAGAGGACUCUGGCAAAACACAAGAUCAAGGAAAGCAGAAAAUCUUUGGAAAAAGAAGACUUUGAAAAAAUAAUUGCAGACCAAGCAACUUCGGCAGGGGUCCCGGUGGAGAUCGUCAAAGAAUCUCUCGGCGAAGAGCUUUUCAACAUUUGUUACGAAGAAGAUGAACACAUCCUCAGAGUGGUCGGAGGAACCCUCAAAGAUUUCUUAAACAGCUUCAGCACUCUUCUGAAACAGAGCAGCCACUGCCAAGAGGCAGAGAAGAGAGGCCGGCUGGAGGAGGCCUCCAUUCUGUGCCUGGAUAAGGACGACGACUUCCUCAACGUUUACUACUUCUUCCCGAAGAAAAUCACAUCGUUGCUUCUGCCGGGCAUCAUUAAGGCCGCAGCGCACACCUUGUACGACACGGAAGUGGCUGUGACUCUGCUGCCACCCUGCUUCCACAACGACUGCUCGGAGUUUGUUAAUGAGCCCUACUUGCUCUACUCGGUCCAAGUCAAGAGCUCCAAGGCCUCCCUGUCCCCGGGCAAGCCCCAGUCAUCCCUGGUCAUCCCCACUUCUCUCUUCUGUAAGACGUUUCCUUUCCAUUUCAUGUUUGACAAAGACAUGACAAUCCUGCAAUUUGGCAAUGGCAUCCGGCGGCUGAUGAACAGGAGAGACUUCCAAGGGAAACCUCACUUUGAAGAGUACUUUGAAAUUCUCACUCCCAAAAUCACCCAGACGUUUAGUGGAGUCAUGACUAUGUUAAACAUGCAGUUUGUUGUUCGAGUGCGGAGAUGGGACAAUUCUGUGAAGAAAUCAUCCAGGGUUAUGGACCUCAAAGGCCAAAUGCUCUACAUUGUUGAAUCCAGCGCCAUCCUGUUCCUGGGGUCCCCUUGCGUGGACAGGUUGGAAGAUUUCACAGGGCGGGGGCUCUACCUGUCCGACAUCCCCAUCCACAAUGCGCUGCGGGAUGUGGUCUUGAUAGGGGAGCAAGCCAGAGCUCAAGAUGGCCUGAAGAAGAGGAUGGGGAAGCUGAAGGCGACGCUGGAGCAGGCCCACCUGGCCCUGGAGGAAGAGAAGAAAAAGACGGUUGACCUCCUGUGCUCUAUCUUUCCCUCUGAGGUCGCGCAGCAGCUGUGGCAGGGGCAGGUCGUGCAAGCCAAGAAGUUCAGCAACGUCACCAUGCUUUUCUCGGACAUCGUGGGCUUCACGGCCAUCUGCUCACAGUGCUCGCCCCUCCAGGUCAUCACCAUGCUGAAUGCCCUGUACACGCGCUUCGACCAGCAGUGCGGAGAGCUGGAUGUGUACAAGGUGGAGACCAUUGGAGAUGCAUAUUGUGUGGCCGGUGGACUGCACAAAGAAAGUGAUACCCAUGCCGUGCAGAUAGCGCUGAUGGCCCUAAAGAUGAUGGAGCUCUCUGAUGAGGUCAUGUCUCCCCAUGGGGAACCUAUCAAGAUGCGGAUUGGUCUGCAUUCUGGGUCCGUUUUUGCUGGCGUUGUUGGAGUGAAGAUGCCCCGAUACUGCCUUUUUGGGAACAAUGUCACCUUGGCGAACAAAUUUGAGUCGUGCAGUGUACCACGGAAAAUCAACGUCAGCCCAACGACAUACAGGUUACUCCAAGACUGUCCUGGUUUUGUGUUUACUCCUCGAUCAAGAGAAGAUCUUCCACCGAACUUCCCCAGUGAGAUUCCUGGAGUCUGUCAUUUUCUGGAAUCCUAUCAGCAAAGAACAGAUUCAAAACUAAUGUUCCAAAAGAAAGAGGUUUCAGAUGGCAAUGCCAAUUUUCUGGGCAAAGCAUCAGGAAUCGAUUAGCUAAAUCUCUAGCUAGUGAUUAGUCUUUGGGGUUUGUCCCCUCUGAGCUGAUGUAGAACCACUGAAAGCACUUUAGGAUUGCGGAUGGCCAAAGAGCAGUAUUAAAUAUCAGGAGUUAAGUCAUGACCUACUUUUUCCUCUACUUAAUAUGACAAAACUACAUUCACAUCCAAACUUCCAAUUUCUCAGCGAGGGGAAAAAAUGCCUCAAAAAGUGACUUUUAGCAGAUAUUUCUAUUAUAUAAUAAUCACUUAUAUGUACUCAAACAUCAAUGCAUUGUGUAUAUAUCAUUAAUUUUAAUCUGUGCAGUCUGAUAACAUCACCUGAAGUCUUGUGCCCUGGUGGUAAUGCUCUGGUCCCUAAAGUGUAUUUGUGAUAGUGUUGCCUUAAACAAAGCAUUUUGAUAAGCGUUUAUAGCCAUUGAUACCAUAAGUUCUUCUGAACUUUUAUUAUUUCAACUUUGCUUUGUUUUACAUUUUUCUCAUGUAAUGUUAGCAGAAUAUAACUCAAUGCAUUAUAACCUUUUUGGUUACCCUUUUUCUUUUCUUUCUUUUAAGAAAACAAGCGAUUAUGGAUUAGAUGAAAUAUGAAUAUCAAUAGUUCUGUAAAUCAAUUAUCAUUUUAUAAAAAAUUAUCCAAGACAUAAUGUGCCAUAACUAUAAAUAUUUCCUUUUGUUUGGUAAAGUUAUUCUAUGCAUGAUAAAGGCUACUUACUUCUUAUUAGCAAUGUAACUACUAAUUCAUUUAGUGUAGAAAUAGUCACAGAGACUUAUUGCUUAUAUUAAAAUGCAAUAAUACUAUUUUAAUUUAACUUAAGCUGAAACAACCUAGAAAUAAUUAAGUAUCCAGUGAACCCACUGUAAAGGACCAAGGUAAAAUAUUUAUACUAAGUGCGCACACACACACAUGUACACACACAUACAUGUACACACAUACAUGUACACACACACUGAAUAAUUCAAUUUAUUUCAGCAGACAUCCUCCAUUGCCAUGCUGAGCCAUAGUAAAAAACAAUCCAAUAAAAAAUUAAGUACACUGUGGUAAAUGAAACAUUUUCUUUUAUAGAUAGCUUUUGGGUUUUAAAUGUAUUUGUGUUGAAAACUGGUGUGUGAAUAUGUCUUAAGGGUCAUCAAAUUUUUUUUGUCUUUUCAAGUACACUUCUGUGAAUAUUUUAUUUCAGUUGAAAUAUCUAAAUUUAAAGUCUUUUCAAAGAGAAUAUUACUGUUGAAGAAUACCAUGCUGUGAUUUCCUCAUUAAUAUUUCUAAACAUUUUUCUAAAAUUAUAAAGUUGAAUUUUAAUAAUGUUAGAUCAAGGUAUCUUGCAAACUAAAUAAUUUACAGCGUUUGGAUUGGAUUGAGGAUUUUAUUUUAAAAAGAACUCAGUGUCAAAGCAGGGGCAGUAUAGUUUUUAGUAUAUAGUUUUAAGAUAUUCUUUAAUAGACCCAUGCGUACACCAGAUUUUUAUUUGAAAAUCUUAGAAGUAAAUCAGAUUAUAAGUUUGUUAAUUAUCUCCACUAAGCUCCAUAGUGAAAUCAGGAAUAGGAAACCGUUACUCUAGAUAUUGCAAUGAUUAAUAAUUACUAUUACAUGAUAUCACAAUGUCUUGAAGGACCAAAUGUUUUGUUAAAUGUCACUUAAGGUUUUGGAGAGCACUAGUUACUGGGAAAAUAUAGUUAAGAGUUUCACAAUUAUAUAAAGUUAAAAAGUAUUUAAAAACAAAUAAACAUUAAAUAGAUUUUUCUUUCUGGGACAGAACCACUAUUAUUUAGAAAAUAAUAUUAAUUUUAAGAGCAAUGUUAAUUUUAAGCACAUGAUAAAAUGUCUUCAUCAAAAAUUUAAGCAGACACCAGUUCAGUAAAAAUGUCAUGUGCGAAAAAUUGUAAAGUAACUAGAAUUCAACAUGCAUGUUUACACACACACAGAUGGAAAUAAAUGUAAACAAUCCCAGUUAACGCUACAUGGAAAUACCUUGUAUAAUUUUCUUGACAUGUUCAAGAAAGUCACCCCAAAUUUAUCUGCCUAGAGAAAUUAAAUUGUCUAUGAAGAUUUCCCAGACAAGCCUAUAAGUUUAAAAUUAUGGUAUAGGAGCUGGAGCAAUAGUAUAACAGAUAAGGUACUUGCUUAACACACAGCCAAAUGGGUUUGAGUUCCAGAUACUCCAAAUGAACCCCAAGCAUUGCCAGGAGUUAUAUCUUAGUUCAGAGCCAGGAUUAAGCCCUGAGUGUCACAUAUGUGAUAUUUUCAUAAUGGAAAGUGUUCAAGGGGCUGGAGACAUAGCUCAACAAUGUGGAGCACAUAUUUGUCUAAAAUAGGCCCUGGUUAGAUCCGUAACAUCAUAUGGUCCAUAGAGCACUGAAUCAGUAGCAAUCCCCAAGUACUAAGCAGGAUACAGUCCAAAAACAAAGAGCAAAAGACAUUCACGUUAAUAAAUUAAAGGCAUUCCUUCUUUUUCUCUAUUUAUCCAAUUUGGAAGGUAAAGAUUGUGGAACAUUUUCAGAUCCAAAUCAACCAGCCAGUAUCAGACAACUUAGAAGGUAAGUUCUGAAAGGAAUGAAAUGAUUAAAAUGGUAAAAAGACCAAAGUAAGUGGGAAGGAACUCUGAGAGUAGGAGUGGAAUUGAACUAGGAGAAAAUAAUAAACAAAGAUGGCCUAAGAUGCAGUCAGUGGCUAAAAAUAUUAAAUCUUCUUGUUCAUUUAACUUCCCUAAUUCAUAACUUGAGUUUACAAAUGCUUGUUUAUUAUCCUGUUCUCUUGAGAACCAUAGGAGUGCUUCCUUUCAUUUUUCUGUUAUUGUUUCCUUCUCUAGCCCCUUGUUUCAUGUUUUCUUUUUUUGGUUUUGGUCAAAAAACCAAGUUAAUUUCUUUUUAUACUUAUUUCUUAAGCAAGCAGAGUUCUAUUGAUGUUCUCUGAAAAUGUUUUCUCAUUUUUACCUUGUUUUCUAUUUUUAUCAAGAUUUUGUGCAAAAAACACAAUUUCAACUUAAGCACUAAUAUACCUAGACAUUUUAAUUUAUAUAUUCAAGCAAUUAUUAUGCGAUGACAAUUAAAACUAUAUUUUUAUGAAAAGAAAAGAAAAGAAAAGGUGGACAUAAGAUAAAUAAUUUCAAAAUUCUGUGAAAGCACAAAGUGAAAUACGCAUUACUUAGCGGUUCCUAUAAUCUUGGGGAGUCUUCGAGGAAUUCAUGAAGCGGAGAGUGGGAAAAUACAUAGUCCAAGCAAGUAAACUGACUUACUCCAAGAAAUGGAGUCUUGAAAGUUCAGUGUGUAUAAUGGGCAGUGAAUUGCCUGGAAUGAGUUGGGAGUGAGAAGAUAAAUAUUUGAAUACAAAUCAUGAAGGGAGCUAAUUACAGGUUAAGGAGUAUAAUAAUGAUGAUGAUGAUAAUGAUGAUUAAUAUUUUUAAUUUCUCCGGAGUGCUUCGCUUAAAAUAAAUCAAGUAAAAGAAAAUAAGCAAACAAAUAUAAAACAAAUAUGCCCACCCAUUGACUUCUCCUCCAUCUUCAGUAGUUUUAAAACAACUGGCAAGUGAGGAACUGAUUUUUGUAAUAACAUUACAAACAGAAUUGCUGUUUCCAAAGGCAGCGUCAGAAAGAACACAGAUCAGGAUUAAUGUUUUCUUGCACAGAUCAUGAAAUGAAAAUUGUUCCUGUAUAUGCAAAGGAAGUGAUUCCUAAUUCAUCCUGACCACUUCACAACAAGGAUGAAAGUACAAUAUGGGUGCCCGAUUUGGGAAUUUCACAUUACUCACGGCCCCAUUGGUUGCACUAUCACAGGCCUCAGAGGAAGGAAGAAUUGAUUCAUCUGACUAAAUCUUCCUCCAUAUUAUUUCUCCAAGAGAAUGUCAGGGACACAAAGGCAGAUCCACUCCAGGCUCAUCUUAUGGAAAGGUUAAAAGCAGUGGUAUGAAAGAACAAGGUGUUCUUUGGACAGCCUAGAAAAUAUAAGAUAAAUGAAGGGGAGUGUUCAUUUCACACGUGGUCUAGGAGGUAGACAUGAACCCCCAAGUUUAUACAACUGGGAAUAUGCCAAAAUUGAGAUUUACCUGCACAGUCCAAAUGAAAUCUAAGGUUACAUAAUGUUUCAAAAUUGAUAGUCAAUUUCGUGUAAAAGCAAUAGCCCAUAGUUCCAAAGAGAAUUGGUUAGUGGAUUAUUGCAGUCGUUUUGCAUAUUAGAAUUAAUCCAGGUUAGCCAUUAUUAUUAAGGAAAAAGAAAUAUCUCUGGUACAUAUGUGUAAAGAUAGUUUAUAGAUUGUGAUCAUUUCCUGAGUAAUAGUUUGUUUUGCCUAAUUGGGCAUUCUUUAAAUAGUUGUACUUGGGAAGUUAAAUAAAGGCAUAUCUAAUGGGUCAAAAGAUGGGUCGGGGCAGGCCAACUGUCGGGAGAAAACCUUUGUUAGAACAGGAGGAGGCAGAGGGGUUGCAGUUCCUGUAAAGGACCUACUAGCUCUUCUAAAACAUUUAGUGUGACAGAAAUGAUAAAGUGAAAUCUCCUUAUUCUGAACAAAUACAGAACAGCAACUUUAUCAUUAAGUAGAGGACACCAUAGUGUCAUUUUAAACCAAGGCCCACAGGGUUACCUUGCACAUUUUUGCUGUGAUUCUGGCCAGUCUAUCUUUGCUAAUAAGAAUGGAAGAGUCAUUUUUUUUCUGUAGAAGUCAGAAGCUGAUGGAAAUAGUCCUUUGUAGUUUUUAUUGUGCUGAAUUCCCUUUUGCUCUUCAAGAGUUCAUUUUAGAUUUGAGGUAAAGCCUGACUCUCUUUCAGAGACUUCUUUUAUGAUCAUGAUAAUGUGCAUUCAUUUAGCAGUCUUACUGUAAGCAACCUCAGACAUUUUACAUUUAAUUACCCUUUGCAUUUCUCUCGAGACAGCUUUUUCUUAACCUAUCACACCUACACUUUUCACUGGCUCACAGGAGCCAUGUGCUGGUUCAUAGGAUAGUAUUCCCUUACCUUCUCAGGAAUGCUAACUUCUUCCCAUGCUCAGUGCUCUGGAAAAGGGGGGAAGGAGUCAUGGAUGGAGAAAUGCAGACUCAUAAAUGCAUACAUUUCAAUUUUUAAAACCAAAAGAAAAUAUUUACAUUCUAACACUAAGGCUUUUAAAAGCCAUCUGUACAGAUUCCAUCACAAUAAAAUUAAUUUUGGAAAACUACUAAAAGAUUUCAACAUAGAGACUUAAAAAAAAAUCAGAAAAAAUAAUGGAAAAUCUAUAGUAAUCACAGAUUCUGGUGGGGUUAAGGAUAAUGUUGUGCUGCCUUUCAAUAUUUAUAUAUAUAUUUAACAUCAAAGUAGUAAAUUGAACAUUUAUAUUGCACCAUAAAGUUUAUGAAGAAUUGUUUAAUAGAUAAAAUGACUUUGCAUAAAUCCCUGGUCCUAACAUAUCUGCUAAGAUGUUUAAUUUGUCUGAAAUGUUUCCAAACCCAUCUGUAGAUACAAAAGAAAGAUCUAAGAAAAAUUAAAAAACUAAAACAAAGCUAAAGCAAAUGAGCAAACGCUAUUAAAGAAGUUGGACAGCUUACUGUAUUAUAGACAUCUGCAAUGAUACAGACAGAACCAUAUAGUCUUUGGCGAGGUAUAGUGGUUACAGAAUUUUGUGCCUUUAGGACAGUGACGCCCAUCAAUGUCCUAUCCAGACACUGUUCAAUCCCAAGGAGCUAUCCUUUUCUUCACAUAACUAAUACCUUGCAAAAUCUAAGUGAAUAAAAAUAUAUUUGUGUUUGAGUAUUUACUGUUCUUUCACCUCCUCCCACAUGGAAAUUAAAGAUGACUUGCAAAUUUAUAUGACAGAACUUGAUAUUCACUCAUCUGGAGAAUUUAUCCAACCUCUUGGAUUCCUGCACACAAUUAGAAAAAAAAACAUUUUAGUAUGCCAACAAUAAUUAUAAGUAAUAAAAUAUGUUUAUAAUAUAAAUAUUCAUAUCUAAAGUUAAUAAAAUGCUCUUUUCGAGAUCACAGAGAAAUUCAUUGUAUUUUUUUGAAUGAGCAAGACUAUAAAUUGAAAAUCUCAUUUAUUCUUUCUCCCCCCAAGUGAAUCAUCAUUUUGCCAUCUAAACAGUUGCCAUGAGCCAGUGGUACUUUUACUAGGUCACUUUGAGACAGUUUUAAAGACUGUAUGUGGUGUGAGUGUGUGUGUGUGUAUGUGUGUGUGCUCAUAUAGUUCUUAAGGUAGGGGAUUUUCUUGAACCUAAAAUUUUUCUUGAAGUUCCGUUGAGGUAUUUCAAACCCCUGAAUGAAGAACUUAUUAUCUAGGAGCAAAAUAGUAAGAUGCAAUGCUUGAUAUGAGAAGAGAAUGAAUAACUGGAAGAAAUUUGUCGCCUUUAGCUACAAUGAUUUUUGAUGAACAAAAGAUAUAAACCUUUUUCCCCCUAUUGUUUAGAAGUGUUCAUGGGUCUCACACAAAGGCAACUAAAGUUUUCUGCAAACCUUUAGCAUAUUUCUGAAAUUAUCUUUAGCUUUUACUGAUUGUGGGUUUCUGUAGGUAUCUCAAUAUUUUAAUUUUAUUUUUUUUAUAAUUUAAGUGCUCUUUUUCACUCUUUGUCUCUAUAAAAGGGAAUAGUCACUGAAUAUUGUAUUGAAAGUCUUGUAGUAGCAGCACUCCUUUCAUUAUUACCUUUAUAGUUGCUUUAAAUAACAUGUUUGUCUUGAAUUCUGUUUCUGGCAGACUUGCAAAUCCUAUCAAAAAACUCUCCUGUGUCUCAGAAGUUUGUUAAAAAUUACUGCCCCAUAAAUAUUGUAAUAAAAUGUUAAAAAAUUCUUAAAACUUAAAAUGAGUUGUAUAAAAACAAAAAUGAACGGUUGAAUCAAAUAAACAAAAAUUUCUAAGUCAUGGAAA